AUGGGCAGUUAUAUCGGAAAAACUCCCACUGAGCUAGAAAUGGCUGGAAAUGAAGAUGAAGAAGACGCUCUUGGAUUCAAAUUGACUGUUUUGAGAGAUGCAAUGAUUCAUUUGAGAGUUCAAUUUCUUCAUUUUCAAAGUUUUUAUGAAAAAGAAGGGCUUGAAAACAUUGGGAAUGAUUUGAAGGCAAUGAAGAUUAUUCUGAUGGUGGUGCAGAACAAGAUUGAGGAAUUGAAAUCUAUUAUUCCGGAAUACUUAGAAAUCAAAAAUAUCGGAAUGGUGAAACAGAAAAUAGAAGAUUUCGAUUUAGUAGUUACUGAGAUUGUUCUGGAAAUGAAGGAGUUUGAGAGAGAUAAUUUUCUUAUGGAGAAAGUGGAAAAACUGAUAAACAAGUUGAACCCAUUCGACGUUCCUAAUUUGGAAACAUUGGAUCAGGAAUUGAGUCCGAACGAAAUGAUGAAGACGAUUAUGAGUAAAAGUGCCAAAAAGCAACAGGAUAAAAUGAAUAAGGAGACCAUACAAAAUGAUGUAACAUAA